UGCACAGUUUAGCAAAUGAGAAGCACCCCGGGAUAAUGUUGUAGUGGAACCACUUUCACUCGCGCUUUAGCACAUCGGAUGGAUUUGAGUGUAACACGGAGUUGUCCAGCUGUGUGGGGCCCAUGUGGAUCUAGCAGAUCUGAUAUAAUUACUCUAAAUCAGUCCGAUCUCUCAUGCUGAUGCGAGCUGUCUUGGUCAUCUGAACUAGUUAAGAUGCUGACGGAGGCGAUAGAAGGGCAGAUGACUGUGGUGUGUUCCGCCGUUGCCGCCUCAGUCCCGGUUCAGAUUGAGCCGGUGGGCCGCUGGUUUGAAGCGUUUCUGAAGCGCAGGAGUAGAAAUGUUUCGGCCGCCUUUCAGGAGCUGGAGGAAGAGGAGGAGCUGUCUGAGGAGGAGGAGGGUGAGGAGCUUCAGCUGGAGGAGUAUCCCAUGCUCAAGACACUGGACCCAAAAGACUGGAAGAACCAAGAUCACUAUGCUGUGCUAGGUCUGGCCCACGUCAGGUACAAGGCAACGCAGAAACAGAUCAAAUCUGCUCAUAAAGCUAUGGUCCUCAAACAUCACCCAGACAAACGGAAAGCAGCGGGCGAACAGAUUGUGGAGGGGGACAACGAUUAUUUCACUUGUAUAACAAAAGCAAUAGAGAUUCUGUCCGAUCCCGUGAAGCGAAGAGCGUUUGACAGCGUUGAUCCCACUUUUGACAACGCAGUCCCCUCCAAGGCAGAAGGCAAAGAAAACUUCUUUGAUGUUUUUGCUGCAGUUUUUGAGAGGAAUGCCAGGUGGUCUGUUAAAAAACACAGCCCAAGUCUGGGAACCAUGGAGUCGUCUUUUGAGGACGUUGAUAGUUUCUAUUCCUUUUGGUACAACUUUGACUCUUGGAGAGAAUUUUCAUAUUUAGAUGAAGAGGAAAAGGAAAAAGCUGAAUGUCGAGAUGAGCGAAGAUGGAUUGAGAAACAGAACCGAGCGUCUCGAGCGCAGAGGAAGAAAGAAGAGAUGAACAGAAUACGAACGCUUGUCGACACCGCCUACAACUGCGACCCCCGAAUAAAGAAGUUUAAAGAGGAGGAGAAAGCCAGGAAAGAGUCCGAAAAGAAGGCCAAAGCAGAGGCGAAGAAACGCGAGCAUGAGGAAAAGGAACGGGCACGAGAGGCCGAGGCGGCGGUGGCACGUUUGGCGAGGGAGAAAGAAGAGGAGGCGGCCCGACAGGUGGCACAGCAGGCGAAGAAAGAGAAAGACGCUCAGAAAAAGGCCAUCAAAAAAGAACGACAGAAACUCAGGACUACGUGCAAGACCCAGAAUUACUUCACAGAUAAUGAAGCCGACAACAUCAGAAUGAUGCAAGAGGUGGAGAAACUCUGUGAUCGGCUAGAACUGACCAGUUUACAGACACUGAAUGAAGCUUUGACUUCUGGGAAUAAAGAACAGAGUAAAGCAGCUCUGGAGAAACAGGUGCAGGACGUGAAUGUUCAGAUACAGAAGGAGAAGCAGGCGGAGAUUCAAGCACAGCAGGCCGUUCGUACCGCCGAACACACCGGCGGAGGGGGCGGAGUCAAUAACAGAGGCUGGAACGAAGAAGAUCUUCAACUGCUCAUCAAAGCUGUGAACCUGUUUCCCGCCGGAACUAACGCCAGGUGGGAGGUGAUCGCCAACUACAUGAAUCAGCACUCCAACAGCGGCGUGAAGAGAACGGCCAAAGACGUGAUCAAUAAAGCGAAAACACUGCAGAAACUCGAUCCUAACCAGAAAGACGAGAUUAACCGAAAGGCCUUUGAGAAGUUUAAGAAGGAGCAUUCAGUCGUUCCUCCAACUGUUGACAACGCUGUGCCAUCAGAACGCUUUGAUGCCGUAGGUGCCGAUUCAAACUCCACCGCCUGGACCACAGAGGAGCAGAAACUUCUAGAACAGGCUCUGAAGACCUACCCAGUGAACACACCAGAGCGAUGGGAGAAAAUAUCUGACGCUGUGCCCGGACGCUCCAAGAAAGACUGCAUGAAGAGAUACAAAGAACUGGUGGAGAUGAUAAAGGCGAAAAAAGCUGCCCAGGAACAAGUUGCUGCUAAAAUCAAAAAAUGACGUAAUGCUGGGACAGAAAAUAUAACUCGAUCUUUUAACUUUAUUGUGUUCUUAUUUUAUAAUAAAAAAGCACGUCAU